AUGGAGGGUACUAGCCAAUUCUUGCCUGAACAGGUUCAGGCCAAGAAUGGUCAGCUUUCGACAAGCAAACCGCAAGAUGCUAAGCCUCGUCUCAUGCUAAUGGGUCUCCGUCGGAGCGGCAAAUCGUCCAUUGCUAGCGUUGUGUUCCAUAAGAUGCCCCCAAAUGAAACGCUCUUCCUUGAGUCGACCACUCGGAUACAAAAAGAUUCGAUCCACUCUUUCAUGGAUUUCCAGGUCUGGGACUUUCCCGGUCAGCUCGAGUAUCUGGAGCCAUCUUUCGAUCUCGAAAAUAUUUUCGGGAGUCUUGGGGCACUGGUUUGGGUCAUUGAUGCUCAGGAUGACUACCUGGACUCUGUUGCACGUCUCAACCGUACCAUAUUGACCGUGCAGCAAUACUACCCCAAUAUCAAUAUCGAAGUCUUCAUCCACAAAGUGGAUGGACUUUCCGACGAGUACCGCACAGACACCUUCCAAGACAUUGUACAGCUGAUCUCCGACGAGCUGAGCGAUGCCGGAUAUGAAAAUGCUCCGGUUCACUACUACCUAACCUCUAUCUACGAUUAUUCAGUCUUUGAGGCUUUCAGUAAAGUCAUCCAAAAGCUCAUUCCUAACCUCUCGACUCUGGAGAACUUGAUCAACACGCUCGCCAACAACUGUGGCUUCGAAAAGACUUAUCUAUUCGAUGUCUUGAGUAAAAUAUACAUUGCAUCCGACACUCGUCCCGUUGAUAUGUCAUGCUACGAGAUGUGCUCGGAUUAUAUCGAUGUGAUUGUGGAUAUCUCUGAGCUGUAUUCCUGGGACCAUCCAGAUCGCAAACCUAAGGGUGAACAAAACCAAGAGGCUGAGAGCCAUGUGGUACUGCAUGAUGAAACAAUGAUACACUUGAUGGAGAUGAACAAAUAUUUGUGCCUGGUUUCAGUGAUUCGCAAUCCAGAGUCCAAGAGCAAAAAGGGCCUUAUUGACAUGAACUGCCGGACCUUCCAAGAAGCCCUUAAUGAUGUGUUCUCUCGCAGCUGGGAGCAGGAGCAGGAACAGGAGCAGGAGCAAUUAUAA